CAUUAAUUUGUAAAAAUUGCUAUUCCACAGUUUCCAUUAUAUCAGUCCGUUCACUGCAUGUUACCCACUACGUACCGAAGACCCUCUCUGGAACCUCCUCCAUUUUAGCAUUUUAUCAAACACUUUCUCUUCAACCAAAGGCAUGGCCGCCGCUGCUCCACCGCCACCUCCUGCUCCUGCCCCGGAGCCGGCAAUGGGUCCACCAGAGUCUGCUCCAAUAGGACAUCCUCUCUUCACGCGCAUCCGCCUCGCCACUCCCACGGACGUCCCCUUCAUUCACAAGCUCAUACGCCAGAUGGCGGUCUUCGAGCGACUCACCGAUCUGUUCGAGGCCACCGAGGCCUCUCUCUCCUCCACCCUCUUCAACUCACCUCCUUUCCAGUCCUUCACCAUCUUCGUCCUUGAGCUUUCUUACAACCCACUUCGCCCAAUUUAUUCUCCAUCUUUCACUCCUCAUGAGCGUGUCGUUAAUUUCGACCUCCCCAUCACUGAUCCCGAGAAGAACGCUUUCAUUUCCGAUCCUGUAAACGAAAUCGUGGUUGCUGGGUUCGUGCUGUUUUUCCCAAAUUACUCGACUUUUCUGGCGAAGCCUGGGUUUUAUGUGGAGGACUUGUUCGUGAGGGAAUGUUAUAGGAGAAAGGGGUUUGGAAAGAUGCUGCUUUCGGCUGUGGCGAAGCAGGCAGUGAAAAUGGGGUACGGUAGGGUGGAGUGGGUGGUGCUGGACUGGAAUGUGAAUGCUAUCAAGUUUUAUGAGCAGAUGGGAGCUAAGAUUUUGCAGGAGUGGAGGAUCUGCAGGUUAACCGGUGAGGCUCUUCAGGCUUAUGAUCAUGUCAAUAUUUAGAUUUUGAGGCGUUUUGAGAUCCAAUCCGCAGAUGGAAAAGGAAAUGUGGGUUAGAGUUUACUUGUAUUUCCUGUUAUUUUCUCCAUAAAGAUUCAUGCAGCUUUAUCCUUUUUCGAUUGCCCUGUUUGGUAGAACUGCAACUGCUUAUGGAUGGUUUCUUUGAAUCAAUAAUUCAAUUUAUGAAGUUCAUUCCAAUGCAAGUUCGUUAUUUUGAGGGUUUUGGGUGAAAAAGAUUUGAGCUUUGAUCAUUGAUAGGGAGGGUUGUCGCCUUAUUUCUUGUUCUU